AUGAUUGAUGCAGAAACCACUAAGCUACGCCUUCGUAACUACUAUGGCCACAAGAAUCUCGCCGAGGUCGAGUCAGCCAUCCAGGCCUUUCGCAAAGAGAACGGUACUCACACGAAAUUACUACUACCAUGGCUUUGGACAAUAGGCUACUUUAUCCUCGUCUUCCAGUUUCGUGUUAAUGACUACUGUGAUGAAAUCAAGAUGAACAUCAGCAAAGAAGGGGCAGGGACUGCCAAACAACGCCUUAUCAGGAUGAUGUACCGGCAAUAUCAGAUUUUCACUGACUACACUGUGGAAGAGAGCUGGAGCCUGUACCAUAUCGAAGGGGCCAUGAUGUGUGGAAGUCUAGAAGAAGACGACGAACAACUCACAGAGGCCGAUCAAAUUACGGAUUCCGUCGCAGUUCAGUCUCUUCGAAAUCGGAUCGCUCGUAACUGCGCCAAGGCCAAAUUCCUGGAGGUUGAAUUCCCGCCCCUAGAGUUACCAAACUUUGGUCCCGUCAAUCGUACGGCUAUAUUGAACCAUAUUCUAUCCACGGCAGGGAGGGAGAUCCCACGGUUUACACGAUUCUUUGGGGAUGUCGACCGGAGAAGGGUUGUGCAGAUCCUAGAGGAGGGACUUAGUCCAGCAGUGAGAAGGAUCUGUGACGAAGGACUCUUUGACAUUGAGAGUAUCAAGAGUAUUCAUCUUGUGGGAGAAGAUCCUGCCAGUUCGCGGCAUGCAGGAGUGUACAUUCAUAUUCUCUCCCCCUCCGAAAACGCCCUCGCUUUCUGGCUCUAUAUUGGCCAAAGCAUUGUGCUAAAAGAUCGAGUUCGUCUACAUAAAAGUCGCCGGCAUCAAAGUCAACACGCUUCCCUCCACUAUUUUAUCUGGAAUACAACAAUGCGCAAGAAAUCAGAUUUCGUGACAUUAUAUACGGCCUCCCACGACGAGCUUUGUCCUACCCAUCGCCAGCUGCUCCUCAACCUGGCAGAAAUGUGGAUGUGCUGUUUAUUUCAGACAUUAUCAACUGUACAUCUGGAGAAGUACCUGCCGACUCCUGGUCCCAAGCCCUGGGCUGGCCAUCAUUUAAAUGUUGCUCUCCCGCUAUUCCAAUCAUUCACGGAUUCACCUGAUCAAGAUGCAGUAUCCAGGCAGACAUUUACGGAACUCCUCCGAUCCACUGAUCCAGAAAUCCGUCAAUGGGCCGAAAGUCUCCGGGAUGCGUAUAAUCAGCUACGGAACUCCCCCGACCCUAACCUUCGAGAUUACUGGAAUCAGCAGAUGCGUUACUCGAUGGACCAAGAUGCUAUUGCCCAGCAGGCAAAAUCAAUUUCCCACAUACAACAAUAUCUUUCUGGGAAAAGCUGUCAAGUAAAAUUUGGCCUAACUUGCGGCCAGUUUACAUUUGCAAUACCACAGGGGCUAGAACUAGAGUUUAAACAAGGUGAUCAAGUUGUCAUUCAGUUCCACCUGGCCAGUAGCGAGCAUCCGAGGAAGCACGUUGGUGACGCGCGGGGUACGGAUCCGGCUUGCCGACUUGCUGUUUCUAUUAGCGGACAUGAUGGACAAGGCAGGUUUCACGCGUGGUUAUUAGUGAAAGGGGCCUAUAAGACUCUCUGCAAGAUGAACACAUUGGUGGAUAUCCUCGAAGGCCGGGCAGAAACAUCACUACACAUGAGCCAAUUAAACUAUGCGACUAGCAGGGGAACAACUGAGACAGCCUGGGAAAACUUUAUUUUCAAAAGUUCGUGUGGUUUAGGCGGUAAGUAUCCCGAAGGCGAAAGCCAUACCAGAGAGGACUAUAUAGAACGCGACCCGAUAAAUCAAGUGUCUCGGUGGCGCAAUUGGCUGCCUCAAGGGCAGUUUCUGCCAAGGCGUACUGUGCCGCCUUCGGCGGGCGACGAGCUUCUCUUCUUAGUCAUCUAA